AUGCAAAUGAGAAGUUUCCUCGGUAUAACUACUCAUUUAAUACAAGAUGGAAAAUUAAAAACACAAAAUAUUGGUAUUGUGGAAUUGUUCGAAGGCCAUACAGCAAUUUAUAUUGGGCAUACUUUGAUUGAAACGUUACAAAGUUGGGGAUUAGAAGCUGAAAAAGUCGUAGCUGUAGUUACAUACAGUGGUGCGAAUAUGAAAAAAGCUAUAGUUGAUGAAUUUGGUGCAAAAAAACAUCUACCAUGUGUUGCCCACACCAUAAAUCUUGUAGUUGAAAAGGCUAUUGACAAAACACAAGAGAUUAGCAAGACAGGUGUUAAAAGUGGUGGAGUACCAGUAUUACUAUUUAAAGUUUGUGAGAUAGUAAAAUAUUUUAAAAAGAGCACUAAGGCCUGUGAUUUGCUAAGAAAUAGUCAAAGAGUUGAAGGUAAAAAAGAUGGGCACUUUCUCAAACCUGUACUUGACGUCAAAACCAGAUGGAAUAGUUCAUUUUAUAUGAUAGAGAGAUUUAUUCUGCUAGCUAGUCAUUUUUCACAAGUUCUCUUAACUGAAAGUGGUAAAAUUAGAGAUAUACCUGACAUGGUUACAAGUUCAGAACUUAGAUGUAUUGAAGAUAUCUGUUCUUUAUUGAGACCUAUUGAGCAAUUAACAAGAGAGUUGUCCACAGAAAAGUUUGUUAUGUCAAGUAAGGUAAUGCCUAUAAUAUUCUGUACAAGAAAUGAAAUUGUUAAACAAGACCCUACUUUUUCCAUUGCUAAAAAUUUUAAAUUUAAAAUAAUCGAAGAGUUGGACUACAGAUUUGAAUCAUAUGCAUUUCAAAAUCCUUUGGCUAAUUCAAAAGCUCAAGAUAAAUUAGUACAAAUGAUGGAUAAAGACACCAAUUUUGAUGAUCAAAUAAUAUGUUCGACCGAAACAGAUGUAGCAGUCAGAGAAAGUAAAAAUUAUGACUUGUGGGGCUUGCAUAGAACACUUGAACAAGAACAUAAAAACAAAAGGAAUCAUAUGACAACAUCGAGAGAAGAACUUAAGAGUUACUUACAUCAAAGUGUUAUUGGAUUGAAUAAAAAUCCUUUAGAUGAGUGGGAAAGUACUAAAACUGUUUAUCCCAAAUUGUAUAAACUUGCACAGAAAUAUUUAAUAAUACCUGGAACAUCAGUACGCUCAGAGAGACUAUUUAGUAAAGCUGGAGCGACAAUUAGUCAGACAAGAAACAGACUAACUGGAAGUAAACUAAACAAAUAA